AUGCAAAUUUUGAGAUUACUCAUUAAACCGACAACUUACUUGAAAUCUAUUCCAAGAAUUGCGUCUCCCGUUUUGCUCAAAAGAUCGAUGUCUGUUAGUACUAUUACUCAAGAGUUGUCCAAAUUAGGAUUGAAUCAACCAGAACCAGCAAAGGAUACAUAUCCUGAUUAUAAUGUCGUUGAUGUAUUUAGAAAUUACAUUGGUGAUGAGUUGAAUCGUAUUUCCGGGAUCGAUAAAGAAAUCAUCGUUCAAGCUUUAGAUACACCAAAGUUGCUAGAUCAAGGUGAUCUUAUUGUACCAAUUCCCAAAUUGAGAUUGAAAGGUGUUAAUCCAAAUGAAAAAUCAAAAGAAUGGGCUGAAAAGUUCAACAAAGGGAAAUUUAUCAGUGAAAUUGUACCACAGGGAGUCUUUCUUCAAUUUUUCUUCAACAAGUCGGUUCUUUUUGAUUUGGUUAUCUCUGAUGUUUUGAAAAGAAAGACUGACUAUGGGUAUUUGCCAUUAGGAGUAGGUAAAAAAGUUGUUGUUGAAUUUUCUUCGCCGAAUAUUGCCAAACCAUUCCAUGCUGGCCAUUUGAGAUCAACAAUUAUUGGAGGAUUUGUUUCCAACUUGUACGAAAAGAUUGGUUGGGAUGUGACCAGGAUUAAUUAUUUGGGAGACUGGGGUAAACAGUUUGGUUUAUUAGCCAUUGGAUUCGAAAAAUAUGGAUCCGAAGAAGAAUUAGCAAAAGAUCCAAUUAAUCACUUAUUUGAAGUUUAUGUCAAGAUUAACAAUGACGUCAGAAAUGAAACUAAUGAAGCUACUGGAGAAGUUCAAGAAGGAACAAUUGAUGCUUCAGAACAAGAUGAGAAAAAAAUUCAAUCUUCCACCAACGAGAAAGCAAGAGAAUUUUUUAAAAGAAUGGAGGAUGGUGAUGAAGCAGCAUUAAAAAUUUGGGAAAGAUUUAGAGACCUUUCAAUUGAGAAAUAUGUUGACACGUAUGCUCGUCUUAAUAUUGUUUAUGACUACUAUUCGGGUGAAUCACAAGUUCCACAACAAAUGAUGAAAGAAGCCACCAAGUUAUUUGAAGAAAAAGGAUUGGUACAUGUUGAUCGUGGGGCUAAAUUGAUUGACUUGAGUAAAUUCAACAAAAAAUUGGGUAAAGCUUUGGUGGAAAAAUCCGACGGUACAUCUCUUUACUUGACUAGGGAUGUUGGUGAAGCUAUCAAACGUUAUGAAACUUACAAGUUUGACAAGAUGAUCUAUGUUGUUGCUUCACAACAAGAUUUGCAUUGUGCUCAAUUCUUCGAAAUCUUGAAACAAAUGGGGUUCGAUUGGGCUCAAAAUUUGGAGCACAUAAACUUUGGUAUGGUGCAAGGGAUGUCUACUCGUAAGGGUAAUGUUGUGUUUUUGGAUACCAUCCUUCAAGAGACAAAGGAAAAGAUGCAUGAUGUGAUGAAGAAGAAUGAAGAUAAGUACAAGCAGAUCGAAGAUCCAGAAAAGAUUGCCGAUUUGGUUGGUAUCUCUGCCGUUAUGAUUCAGGAUUUCCAAUCCAAACGUAUUUUGAAUUAUGAAUUCAAAUGGGAUCGUAUGACUUCGUUUGAAGGUGAUACUGGUCCAUACUUGCAAUAUGCACAUUCACGUUUAUGUUCAAUGCAAAGAAAGAAUGACAUUACUGAAAAGGAGUUGGAGACUGCAAACUUUGACUUGUUGGUUGAACCAUGUGCUGCUUCAUUGGUUAGAACAUUGGCUCAGUAUCCGGAUAUCAUUAAAAGAGCCACGAAAAACAUGGAACCAUCGACCAUUGUAACUUAUUUGUUCACCUUGUCCCACAUUGUUUCACAAUGUUACGAUAUCUUGUGGGUAUCAGGACAAGAAAGGGAAUUGGCUGUUGCAAGAUUGGCAUUGUAUGCAGCAACUAAACAAGUGAUUUACAAUGGUAUGACCUUGUUGGGUCUUACACCAGUUGAAAGAAUGUAA